AUGAUUUUAUUAAGUUAUACUUUUAUUUUUAUAGGAAAUGGAAGGGGUGAAUCUUCAUCUGCUUCAAUUGCAUCUAUUCGUGGAGCAAAUGUAGAAGUUGAAACAAAUUUUGAAGAAUACGUUCGUGAUCCCGGAUUAAGGCGACCAAUUGACGAAUUUGAUAUUGCUAUUCGAGAUCAAAUACGUAGAGAGUAUUUGUCUAUGGGUCCUUGUCAACUAGUUGGGCAUAACUAUCCGAAGACUCAAUUCGGCAAUCAAUUAAGGAGUUUUCAAUAUGUAUGGUAUCAAAAGUUUGUGUGGUUAGAGUACAGUGUAGCAAAAGAUGCUUGCUUUUGCUUUUGGUGUUAUCUAUUCAAGCCCGAAGAUAAAUCAAGUCGGUACAAAACAGAUGUAUUCACCAAGACGGGGUUUACCAAUUGGAAGAAGGCUUUAAUUAAAUUUGUGGUGCAUGUUGGAGAUGCGGAUAGUUGUCAUAACAAUGCUAGAGUACAAGUUGAAGCAUUUACAGAUCAAAGACAUAGUGUGGCAAAUAUGUUUAGAUCAAAUGCUCGUGAGUUGGAUGUUGCUUAUCGCACUCGUUUGACGGCUUCAUUGGAUGUGACUCGUUUUCUAUUGAAGCAAGGAUUACCUUUUCGUGGACAUGAUGAGUCAACUACUUCUUUAAAUCGAGGUAAUUUUCUUGAGUUGCUUCAAUGGUAUAGUGAUCAUAAUGAUGUUGUUUCCAAAGUUUUGGGUUCAAAUGCUCCUGGCAAUAAUCAAAUGAAUUCCCCACAAAUUCAAAAAGAUUUAGCGCGUGCUUGUGCUUCAGAGGUUACACUUGCUAUAAUCAAUGAUAUUGGGGAUAAAGUGCUUACCAUGUUGGUUGAUGAGGCUCGAGAUGUUUCAUUGAAAGAGCAAAUGGGAGUUGUUUUAAGAUAUGUGAAUGAUAAAGGAUGUGUAAUUGAAAGAUUUAUUGGAAUUGUGCAUGUUGUUGACACUUGUUCACAUUCUCUGAAAGAUGCUCUUAGUGCUUUAUUUGUGAAACAUGGUUUAUCACUAUCAAAAUUGAGGGGUCAAGGAUAUGGUGGAGCUUCAAACAUGAGAGGUGAGUUCAAUGGGUUGAAAGCUAAUCCUUAUGCUAUGAACAUUCAUUGCUUUUCACAUCAACUUCAGUUAAUUGUUGUUGCUGUUUCUAAGAGUAUCAUGGUUGUAAAGGACUUUUUUAGCUAUGUUUCCAUGAUAGUAAAUACGACUGGAGCAUCUUGCAAAAGAAAAGAUCAACUUAGAAUGUUAGAACAUGAGAGAUUGGUUAAAGAACUCAAUGAUGAAGUAAGGAUGACUGGAAGAGGCCUAAAUCAGGAAACUAGUUUGGCACGACUUGGAGAUACUCGAUGGGGUUCACAUUAUUUUACUUUGCUUCGUUUAUGUGCUAUGUGGCCUUCAGUUGAGAAAGUGUUGGAGAAUAUACGUGAUGAUACCACUAGCUAUGAGGUUAGAAGUACUGCAAGAGAUUUGCUUGGAAAGAUGAAUAAUUAUGAGUUUGUUUUUGUGAUGCACUUGAUGAAAUAUUUGUUAGGAAUGACAAAUGAGUUGUCAUUUGCCUUACAAAGAAAGGAUUAA